GUGCAGAUAACAGCAGAUUUAGACGCCAGAGCAAAGUUGGGAAGCUCAACAACGGCAGCUUGCGCCUUGCCCCUCCAUGUCUCACUUCUCUGAGAAGUGGAAUUAUCCAAUCAGCACGGCUGGAUGCCUUCUUGCCCAGUACCACCAGCACGUGGUGAACUUCUUCUCUCCCUUUGCUUCCCGGCCAAUGAUGGUUCUAAUCCAGAGAUUCGGAUCUCCAAAACCUUGCGAGUGCAUGGUUGAGAAGGAGAAAAGCGCCACCAGAAUGUCGGGUCAUGCUGCUGGCGUCAGCUCCGGGAAGCAAUGGUUGUGAGGAGAAGUUGGCCAUUUUCUGGGAAUCGCACACAGCCUGUCGUACAACUUGAACUCAGCCCACUGUUUACUGCGGCCAUCCUAUCAUCAAGCAUGAUCAUGUUCUGCAGUGUCGCCGCAAAAUUAUGCGUGCACGAUCCGAUCCCUUCUCACACCGGGGGUGAACCAUCCGGGGAUGCGUGUAUAAGUCAUCAUCACUACUACAUCAUUGGCAGUAGGUUCAUGGAUAGCGCGGAUAUGCAAUGCCGAAUGCAAAGUGAGGCCGUCGUCACAGUCAUCAACAACGUCCUUCAAUAUAAAGCAGAGUGGACACUCUCCCCAACAUCUUUGUGGUUGAGUUUCUCCUCCCCGCUCGAGGACUGGAGCAAUUACUCCAUACCGCGGGUAAACAAUCAGCAACGAUACCACCUAGCUCCAUGCCAUUAUGUCCAUUAUGCCCGAUAUGGGUAUGAAACGGAGGGGGGAAAUGAGUGAUACAUGAACCAGGAUGAGAAACACCAGACCCU